GCCGGAAGUGGCGCGGGCGCCUGCGCAGUGUGCACUUACCGUGAGAUCGUACACCGGCCUAUCCAGGUGCUUCCGAGCCGCCGUAGUGCUUGUGCGGGCGGGUUGGCGAGGAAUGGAGCCGGUGGGCGGCGGUGGCGACCGCUGCGGCUCCUCCUCCACAGACCCACGGAGCACCUUCGUGUUGAGUAACCUAGCGGAGGUGGUCGAGCGUGUGCUCACCUUCCUGCCCGCCAAGGCGUUGCUGCGGGUGGCUGGUGUAUGCCGCUUGUGGAGGGAGUGUGUUCGCAGAGUGUUGCGAACCCAUCGAAGUGUGACCUGGAUCUCUGCGGGCCUGGCGGAGGCCAGCCACCUGGAGGGGCAUUGCUUGGUCCGCGUGGUAGCAGAGGAGCUUGAGAAUGUUCGUAUUUUACCACAGACCGUUCUCUACAUGGCUGAUUCAGAAACGUUCAUUAGUCUAGAAGAGUGUCGAGGCCAUAAGAGAGCAAGGAAAAGAACUACUAUGGAAACUGCAUUGGCACUUGAGAAGCUUUUCCCAAAACAAUGCCAAGUCCUUGGGAUUGUGGCCCCAGGAAUUGUAGUAACUCCAAUGGGAUCAGGUAGCAAUCGACCUCAGGAAAUAGAAAUUGGAGAAUCUGGUUUUGCUCUAUUAUUUCCUCAAAUUGAAGGAAUAAAAAUACAGCCCUUUCAUUUUACUAAAGAUCCAAAGAAUUUAACACUGGAAAGACAUCAACUUACUGAAGUAGGUCUUCUAGAUAACCCUGAGCUUCGUGUGGUCCUCGUCUUUGGCUAUAAUUGCUGCAAGGUGGGAGCCAGUAAUUACCUGCAAAGAGUAGUCAGCACUUUCAGUGAUAUGAAUAUCGUCUUGGCUGGAGGCCAGGUGGACAACCUGUCAUCACUUACUUCUGAAAAGAACCCACUGGAUAUUGAUGCCACAGGCGUGGCUGGACUGUCAUUUAGUGGGCACCGAAUCCAGAGUGCCACAGUGCUCCUUAAUGAGGAUGUCAAUGACGAGAAGACUGCUGAGGCGGCCAUGCAGCGCCUCAAAGCAGCCAACAUUCCAGAACAGAAUACCAUUGGCUUCAUGUUUGCAUGUGUUGGCAGGGGCUUUCAGUAUUAUAGAGCCAAAGGGAAUGUUGAGGCUGAUGCAUUUAGGAAGUUUUUUCCUAGUGUUCCCUUGUUUGGCUUCUUUGGAAAUGGAGAAAUUGGAUGUGACCGGAUAGUCACUGGGAACUUUAUAUUGAGAAAAUGUAACGAGGUAAAGGAUGAUGAUCUGUUUCACAGUUAUACAACAAUAAUGGCACUCAUUCAUCUGGGGUCAUCUAAAUAAAGCCAUCUUUAAAGUGGCUUUCACAGUAUUCAAAGUAUAUGACUUUGGGGUUCUGCCUUUUCCAGAAAAUGGAAACUUGGGAUAUAUGUAUUGCAAAAAAAGAUAAUUUUAGCUUUAUCUGUUCUGUGGCUUUGAUCAAUGAUGCUCUGAGAUCACAUUGGGGUAGUUUUAAAUAUAUUAAAUGAAGGACAAGUUUGUACACAACACACACCAGGAGAUGAAAGCUUUGCAUCGAGUAUAAGCAAAGAAGUUGCGGCCAUGUUCGCUUGUUGCAGCUGCUGUAUAAGGUGACUUUCAAGUCUUCCUGCAAGGGAAGAUCAAAAGGGGAUUCACCAGUAAGAUGAAGAUUUAAGGCAUUCUGCAUCUACCUCUUUGUAUUGGUAAAGGACCUUUGAGUAGAAUCGGGAAGACAUUUUUUUCUCUCAAUAUCAGAAAAAUGAAAUGGUUUGAGAAAUCUUUUUUUCCAAUUUUACCAGUUUUUUUUCCCCCAGAAGCUGUAACAAUAUUAUUACUUUUUUACUUAGGAUAAAAAUUUAACUGGUUUUAUUUAGAUACUCAAAGCUGCUCAGAUAAAUUGCUGAGACUUUUAUAAGUAAAACUAUUUUCCUUAAUAAAUCCCAAGAGAAGAAAUUUUUCUCAUGUAGUUUCAUGUAGCUAAUUGGCAGACCAGAAAAUUCUAUCACCUUAUUUUGGUUUCAUAGCAAUAAAACAUACCUUACAGAUUCAUUCAGAUACUCUCUAUUUCAUUGCUUUGAUGAGUGAACAAAGGAUGUAAACUAACCCUUUGUAAAUGAAAACCUGGAAUAGUAGGUAUUUGCUAGCUGGUCAGUCCUGUCAUUCAAGUUUGAAUUUCUGACACAUAUUUGAGAGGGGCAGAAAAUACCAGUAUCUCCUGAAUAUCCAUUCUUACCUUUUAUUCUUUCACAGUGAUAGAAACAUUUUAGGCACAUGCCUCCCAGAACAAAGACUACAUUUCUCAGUGUCCCUUGUAGAUAUGACUAUUUUUGCUGAGGGAACAUCAGGGGAAAUGAUAUAUGUCUUUUAAAAUGGAAUGACCAUUUUUCUGCCUUUUCUCCAUCUUGUUUGGAAUAUGGAUCUGGUCAUGAGUCAUUUUGGAUGCUGCCAAGGAGGUAAUACCCCAUUGUGGAAGAAAACCAUGCAAGGAUUCUGGGUCCCUGUACAUCUUUGUUGAAGCACCUCCAUAAAAGACCUGGACCACCUGUCUUCAAACUGUUUUAUGAGAUAGAGAUAGAAAUAAACAUGAGCUUGCUUAAGCAAACCUCCUCCUCCACCCCUAGGGCUUUGUUGUAGAGAUCUCCUUGUAAAGUGAGAUAAAUGACGUGUGACAUUUUUGUAACGAUUAGGGGUUUAAUAGGACAGUAGAAGACUUGGAAUAUAAGUAAAAUCAAAUGUA